GCUGCUGACGUCACCGUCUCCGUCCAGGGGCUUUGUUUGCCCGGAGCCGCUGCUGAGCGCCAGACCUGAGGAGAGGGGUCGGAGCCGAACCGAACCACUGCAUCUGAACCGGGCUGGAACCGACACCACCGCGACCGACAUGCCGUCCGACAGGCCCUUCAAGCAGCGCAGAACAUUCGCUGAUCGGUGCAAAGAGGUGCAGCAGAUCCGGGAGCAGCACCCCAACAAGAUCCCUGUGAUCAUUGAAAGGUAUAAAGGCGAGAAGCAGCUGCCCGUUCUGGACAAGACCAAGUUCCUGGUACCUGACCAUGUCAACAUGAGUGAGCUGGUCAAGAUCAUCAGGCGCCGGCUGCAGCUGAACCCCACCCAGGCCUUCUUCCUGCUGGUCAACCAGCACAGCAUGGUGUCCGUGGCCACGCCCAUCUCUGAGAUCUACGAGCAGGAGAAGGACGAGGACGGCUUCCUCUACAUGGUCUACGCCUCCCAGGAGACCUUUGGGUGCUAAGCAGCGAGGGGGCGGGGCCUCGGGAGAUCCUCUAGUGACGGGUGGACAGGUUAUUGUUGGGGUGUGCAGUUCAAGUUCCAGAAGCAAGUGCCCACCCCCCCACCGCCCCACCCGCCUCUUAGCGGUGUUUUAUUAUUCAGCUGCCCCCCCCAGCAUGAGAUCCCUCACACUCAUGGGGAGCGCCCCCUUCAGGUUGAUCAGAGAAACUGACCCCAGAGGAACCGCGUCUGCUGGUCACGGUUCUGCUUACAUGUCCUCCUGGAAUUCCCUCUUCUGUUCCAAAGCUGAAGAAAUCGUUUGAUUCUGGACUAGAAGAUGAUUAGACUCAGAGUUUAUCUGAUUCUUUAGUUUCAGCAGAGGAGGAGCUCUGAAGCCCCGCCAUGCGUUCAUCUGCAACAUAGACCAAUCAGGUUAAAGAGCAACACUAACCUGUCAAUUACCCAUAAUGCUUAGCUUUGCUCCCAGCAGCUCGUCAGGAGUUUUUGCUUCAGUUCUUUCAUGAUUGCUGCUGCGGCUGCUGAACGUCUCAGAAGGAAACGUCCCACCGCCCCGAGAGGACGUGGAGGGAGGCCGCCAUCGGGCCUGGAACACUUCAGAACCUCAUCAUACGGACUGGACUCUGUCGUCCUCAGACUGGCAGCAGAGGCGAGGCCCCGCCUCUUCCGGCGUUAGCUGCUCAGUAGCAGCGAGGCCCGGUCUCUUCCGGUGUCAGAGCUGCUCAGUAGCGGCGAGGCCCCGCCUCCUCUGGUGUCAGAGCUGCUCAGUAGUGGCGAGGCCCCGCCUCUUCCGGCGUCAGAGCUGCUCAGUAGAGGCGAGGCCCCGCCUCUUCCGCCGUCAGAGCUGCUCAGUAGCGCCGAGGCCCCGCCUCCUCUGGCAUCAGAGCUGCUCAGUAGAGGCGAGGCCCCGCCUCCUCUGGUGUCAGAGCUGCUCAGUAGCAGCGAGGCCCCGCCUCUUCCAGUGUCAGAGCUGCUCAGUAGAGGCGAGGCCCCGCCUCCUCUGGCAUCAGAGCUGCUCAGUAGCAGUGAGCAUUAGAAACAUCAUUGUAGAAACUAAAGAAGCUUCUUUUGCACACAAAUUAAAACAAAUAUGAAGAGUUUGUGGAGAUUCUUUAUUAAUGAACCUUUUUUAUUUAACCUGCUCGUCUGUUGUCCUCCUCUUCUGUCAGGUUUGAUGAAGUCUUGAGGUUUUGUUGUGGAGACGAUGCUCCUGCUGAGCGUGUCGUUCAGCUCCCUCUGCAGACAGCUGUACAUACCGGCAUCGCUGUCGCUUUCUUUGAAGCUGAUCAAUAAUAAAAAGUUGCCUUUG